CAGGCUUGUUGUCCACGUGACAUAUAGUUCAGCACCAUGGACAGUGACUUUGUCAUCACUGGUCCACAGUUGGAAUUUAUUUACUUUCUGCUUUCAGCUUUGUUGUUAUUGCUUUCAGUUUUGUUGUUUACUGCUUUUGAAUCAUGUAUCUAAAUGUCGACAUCGUGUGAAUAAAUAUGCAAAUUAUAUUUUAGCAGAGUUUUAUUGACAAUACUAAAUACAUAAUUGUAAAUGAGUUGUAUUGUGUUAAGUCUCUUGAUGGGGUCCAUUUGGAUAUUUGUCCUUUUCAAAUCUUGUUUUGGCUGCACUUGCACAAUGUGGACUCUUAGGGGCGCUGUUGCCCUUUUUUUUGCUGUCAGCUUUUUUAUUUUUUUGUUGCCUUUGUCACAAUCCACUCAGUACGUGGAUGGAACACGGAGUCAGUCGAAGAAGGAGCGCAUUGUGCACGGAUGUAUUCUACUUUGGAUUUUGCACCCACACUGAAAAGAAGUAGCGCUGCUUUUUUGUAUUUUCCUAUUUUUACAUCCAUUGGAUUUGGUGACAAAAAGGGAAUAAAAGGCCGCGCCUGCAGUGGAAUCAGCCAGGACAAUGAGACGGCAAGUAUUGUUCAUCUCCAUCUUCUGCAUCAGCUGCGUGAUAGGGCAGGUCACCUACUCCAUACCAGAGGAAAUGGCAAAAGGGUCUUUAAUCGGCAACAUAGCCCGAGAUUUGGGCUUGGACGUCAAGAGGCUGAGGGCGGGCAAAGCGCGCAUUUACACGGGAGACAGCGCUCAGUACAUCGAGCUGAACAGAGAACGAGGGGUCCUCCUUAUCAAGGAAAAAAUAGACAGGGAGAUGUUGUGCAGGCAGACGACGCCCUGCGCGCUGCAUUUCCAAAUCACGCUUGAAAACCCGCUGGAAUUGUUCCCCAUCACUGUGGAAAUCACGGACAUAAACGACAAUGCGCCACUGUUCCAGAAAGAUGAAAGGACAUUUGAAAUCAGCGAAUCUGCCGUGGUGGGCUCCAAAUUCAUGCUGGAGAAAGCGUUCGAUCCUGAUAUAGGACUGAAUGGUCUUCAGCGGUACACGCUGACGCCGAGUGACAGCUUUACGCUCAAAUUGCACAGUCAGUCAGACGGCGGUAAAAAGGUGGAAAUGGUGCUGCAGAAGCCGCUUGACAGAGAGAAACAGGAGCACGUAGCUUUGGUGUUGACCGCCGAGGACGGAGGAGAACCGCAGCUGAGUGGAACCAUGCAGAUACACAUCAAUGUUCUCGAUAUAAACGACAAUGCGCCAGUAUUCAGCAAGGCCGCGUACAAAGCGAGCAUCACGGAGAACUCCGCCAUUGGAACACUCAUCACUAAAGUGAGCGCGUCGGACGCGGACAAGGGCGCGAACGGAGAUGUGGUGUAUGUGAUAGGAAACAGCAUGGACACUGCGUCCAGGUUAUUUCACAUUAACGGCGACGGCGACGUCACACUGAAUGGCGCAAUAGAUUAUGAAAAAGAGAAAAUAUACCACGUGGACAUAGAGGCUAUUGAUCAAGGGGGGUUGUCUGAUUCCAGUAAAAUAAUUAUUGAUGUGAUUGAUGUGAACGACAACAGCCCCAUUGUCAAUAUGAUUUCAUCAUCUGGCUCUGUGCCGGAAGAUGCCAGCCUUAAAACUGUCAUAGCUUUAAUGAGUGUCAGCGACCCGGAUUCUGAUGCUAAUGGUCAGGUCCACUGUGCGAUAGGUGAAAAUAUACCUUUUGCUAUUAAAACGACGUCUAAUAAUUUCUACAGUUUAGUGACAGACAGUGAAUUAGACCGAGAGAGGUCGAGUGAGUAUAACAUCACAGUGAUGUGCUCUGAUGACGGAGUGCCCUCCCUCUCCAGCAGCGUCACUCUCACCUUACACAUCUCAGAUGUGAACGACAACGCACCUGUCUUUGAGAGGAGCUCAUAUGAGGCCUCCAUUGUAGAAAACAACAUUCCAGGUCUUUCUAUAUUCACAGUGAAAGCCAGAGACGCUGACUGGAACCAGAACGCUCGCCUCUCUUACAUGCUGGAGGACUCCUCUGUUAACGGAGUGCCAGUCUCCUCAUAUGUGUCUGUUAGUGCUGAUAGUGGAGUCAUCCAUGCAGUGCGCUCUUUUGACUACGAGCACCUGAAAGAGUUUCAUUUCCGCGUCAGAGCUCAGGAUGGAGGUUCUCCUCCCCUCAGCAGCAACGUGAGCGUCCGCGUCCUGAUCCAGGACCAGAACGACAACGCCCCCCAGGUCCUGUACCCGGUCCAGACGGGCGGCUCGGUGCUGGCUGAAAUGGUGCCUCGUUCAGCAGAUGCGGGCUAUCUGGUGACUAAAGUGGUGGCUGUUGAUGUGGACUCUGGACAGAACGCCUGGCUCUCCUAUAAAGUGCACAAAGCCACAGACAGGGCGCUGUUUGAAGUGGGCCUACACAAUGGAGAAAUAAGAACUGUCCGCCAAGUCACUGAUAAAGAUGCUGUCAAACAAAGACUGAGUGUUCUAGUGGAGGACAACGGGCAGCCCUCUCGUUCAGCUACAGUCAUUGUUAACGUGGCGGUGGCGGACAGCUUCCCUGAAGUGCUGUCAGAGUUCACUGACUUUAGCAUGCACGACAAGGAGUACAAUGACAAGCUGACUUUUUACUUAGUCUUGGCUUUGGCUGUAGUCUCCUUCCUCUUCAUCACCUGCUUGCUGCUCAUCAUAUCAGUCAAAGUGUACAGGUGGAGACAGUCUCGCGUCCUGUACCACUCCAACCUCCCUGUCAUUCCAUAUUAUCCACCACGUUACUCAGACACUUUGGGGACAGGGACUCUCCAACACGUGUACAAUUACGAGGUGUGCAGGACCACCGACUCCAGGAAAAGUGACUUUAAGUUGGACGGAGCUGCUAGUCACAACGUGCUGGUGAUGGACCCCAGUUCUACAGGAACCAUGCAGAAGAUACACAGUGAAAGGAACAUCCUGGAUGAACCUGACUCUCCUCUAGAGGUUGGUCACUUGUGUUUUAUUUGAGUUCCACACUAAAUGUUUUUAUUUGCCUGUCGUAUGGUUGUGGAUAACUAAAAAUGUUCUCCACAUGAGCUGUGGAUCUUUGAUCAGUUCUUUCCUUCUUCGGUGUAUAAAUAUAGGCAGAAGGUUGUGUCUUGGUGUAGGUUUAAAGUUGUCCUAUACACUUUUUACAUAUGGUGGUUUAAACAGUGCUCUGUGAGAUGUUCAAAGUUUGGGAAACUGCAUUGUUAACUUACUUUGUUUUAAAAUUCACCCCAAUUUUUUCUUUUACAAGUUUUGCAAGCUCCUUGGACGUCAUGAUGUUUGCUCUUUUUUCUCUCUUAAUAAUUCUCUGAGGCCAUCACA